GCAACUUUAUUAUUCAAAUCGAUGGAACCUACCCGAUGGCCCGAAACGAUCCAAUUGGCUUCGUUCCACUCUCUCGGAAGUGGACUCACAAACGAAGGAAAUGCUGAAGCUAAUAGGCGAAGAUGGUGAUUCUUUCGCACAAAGAGCCGAGAUUUACUUCGAGAGGAGGCCCCAACUUAUUGAGAUGGUUGAAGAAUUACAGAAGUCUUAUUGUGUUCUUGCCGAACGCUAUGAUCGCCUGAGAUCAGAGUCUGCAAAAUUUCAUCACGACCAAAUGCUUAAAAACUCGAUUAAAAUUGAUGAUUCUGAUGGUUUGAAUACAGCCAAGUCUACGAAGAACUCUAAUGCAUCUAGUUCAGCUGAAUCCAUGCUAGAAGAUCCUGAGUUCAAAGAGAACGAAUUGAGUGUUAGGUGCACGAAAGUGGAGAGAAAUUUAAAUGGCAAUGUUUCAAAAGCAUGUGAUUACAAGAUAAAGGACAUUAGUCGCGUGCAUUCUUCGAAGAGUGAGAAUGGUGCGUAUUUGUACAAUUCGAAGAAAGAGGUUGAUGAUCUAGUGCAUGAAGAGAUCAAAAUAUGCACCCACUCCCCAAAAGUAGAGAGAGGCUCAAAUACUGAUGAUUCAAAAGGGUAUGAACCAAAGACAGAGAGAAACCGCUCCACAUACGGUUUAAACGGAGAGAAUGGUGACUCUGAUAAUGAUCCAAAGGGGGAGACUGGUGACUCUGCAUGUGAUGUGAAGAGAGACGCAGUGAAACUUACAAAUAAUUUGGAAUGUGAGAACAGAGCACAAGAGAAUGAAGAGAUUGAAAAAAGGAUGCAGUACUGGAAAGAAGAGAGGGAAUCAGAUCUUGAUGCUUUGUCAUUGAAUGAAUGCGAUGUCAAGAGAAACAGCAACAGCUCUGAGUAUGGUUCAAAGAGAUAUAAUGGUGAUUAUGCAUACCUGAAAGAGAGAGAAUCAUAUCCUGAAUUGAAAGUAGGUGACUCCAAGGGAGAGGGCCACGAUUCUACAUAUGCUACAUAUGCUUCAAAGAGAGAGAAUGGUGAUUUUACAUGUGAUGUGAAGAGAGAGGGAGGGGAUUACAAUUUGGAGAGACAGAGCCAAACACCUCAACUAAAGUUUGAGCAUUGUGCACAUGAUUUGAAGAGAGAGGUUGCAAAUAAUUUGAAGAGAGAGAGUGCAUACUCUACUCAUGACAUGUAUAAUGCUGAAUGUUCGGCGGCUAGAUUCGAACCAGUGGACCUCAGUUUGAAAAAUGAUACUUGGGUUGAAAUGAGAAAUCAGCUUUCAUGGAUGAUGAAGGAGAAUAUGAGGCAACAAAGAGAAUUGAUAAAGAAAAAUGCUGAGAAGAGGGAGACGAUAAAGCAGCUACAACUUGAUCUGAUUAAGCUCAAUGAAGAGAACAAUGCACUGCAACAUAAUUUGAUGAUCUCUCAGCCAGUGCCCAGUGAGAAUCGGGUUCAUUUGUGGAGAUGGAGGAGCUUAUCUGUCAACAAGUUAUUUGGGAGAUAAGCUUACCUACUUAGGCAGCUGCUAUUGGAGGCUUUUGAUUAGGGGUAUCAUAAUGAACUCACAUUUAUAGGUUACUUCAUUUCGUUUUGAGAAAGUAUAUGACAUGA